AUGGCUCGGAGAUUCGAUGGGGUCUUCACGAUCCUCCUCUAUUUGUCCAUCGCCAUCACUAUCCUCGUCCCUGCCUCCCGGACCUCGACGACGGUCGGCGCCGAACUCGUGGACGCGGAGCUCGAUUCCCCACGAAGCGAGCAGGAGAAACAGAACUACUGGGCGCAGGGUGGAAAUGACAUCGUUCAUGAGAUAUGGUCGGUGCUACGGGACUUCGAACCAACGUGGAAGGACAGUGUGACUCCGGCACAACCUUCUGGCCUCCUGGGCACCGUCUGGCACUACACGAGAAUCAUCUUCCGCGCCCUGUUCAUGAAUACGCCCACGCGAAACGACAAUAAUGCCCCCCGGGUCAAGGGAGACUUGAAAAAGGGCGUCGAUUCCCUCCACGCGGCGGCCUCUUUCGAUGACCCUGAUGCCAUCUUUCUGCUGGCAGAGAUGAAUUUCUAUGGCAACUUCUCCUACCCCCGCGACCUCGAGCGAGCCAAAUACUGGUACCACCGGUUGGCCGACUUGGACGGCAAUUCGACGGCACAGUACAUGCUGGGCUUGAUGUACGGCACGGGCAUUGGCGGUUUGGAAAGAGACCAGGCAAAAGCUCUGCUAUAUCACACGUUUGCCGCAGAACAAGGGAACAUCAAGUCGGAAAUGACGCUGGCGUACAGAUAUCAUGCCGGCGUGGGGUGUUCCCGCAGCUGUGAAAAGGCUGUUUCUUACUACAAGAGGGUCGCCGACAAGGCCAUGUCGUAUUGGCAAUCAGGACCUCCGGGAGGCCAGUCGUUUGUGCGAAACUCGUACCGCUGGGUGGAAGUUGACGGAGGCAUCUACGGCGAAGGCGCGAGUGUCAGCUCCUCCGGCCCCAAUGCUCCCCGAGAUGGUCUCACCGCGGCACACAUCGACUAUGUCCUCGACUAUCUCGACACGAAAGAACGACAAGGAGAUUUCAACGCCAUCAUCACGCUGGGCAAACACUACUACGAAGCUCCUCGCGGAUACAAGCGCAACUUUCGCAAAGCACAGCGUCAAUUCAUGAAAGUUGCGCGGGUCUAUUGGACCAAGGACGGCAAAGUAUCCCCCAAAGCACCAAAGGGGAUUGAACGGGUGGCAGGAAAAGCGGCAGCCUAUAUUGGACGCAUGCUCCUCCGUGGCGAGGGCAUGGAACAAAACUUUGAAAAGGCUCAAGUGUGGUUCAAGCGAGGCAUUGCCCUGGGUGACUCCUUCGCGCAAUACCACAUGGGCCUGAUGUAUCGCGACGGCCUGGGCGUGCCGCAGGACGGGACCCGUGCGGGCUCGUACCUUAAGGCUGCAGCGGAACAGUCGCUCCCCUUGGCACAGUCGGCGCUGGGAGUGCUUUUCUUGGAUCAAGGGGACAUUGAGACCGCGGGACGAUACUUUGAACUCGCCGCGGGAGCGGGCGUGAUGGAAUCAUUCUACUAUCUUGCUGAGCUCACCAACCAGGGGGUCGGUCGCGAGCGUAACUGUGGCCUGGCAGCUGCCUAUUACAAGGUGGUCGCUGAGAGGGCCGAGAUCUUGCAUUCGUCUUUUUUGGAAGCAAACUCGGCCUACGAAAGAGGAGACUUUGAAAGAGCGUAUAUCCCUACGAUCAUGGCCGCGGAGCAAGGGUAUGAGAAUGCCCAAGCCAACGUGGCAUACUUGCUCGACCACAAGACGUCGGUGAUUGCGCUGCCCAACGUUGGUAUUCCUCUGCUCUCGACCACCAAACCGAGUUCGAAGAAGAGCCCACUGCUCGACGACCCCUACCUCGCGCUGGCAUACUUCACCCGCUCCGCCAAACAAGCCAACGUCGACUCCUUGAUCAAGAUGGGCGACUAUUAUCUCUCCCUGUCCUCCCCCACCAACGCUGCUCUCACGCGUUUCCCGAAUGGAGACCAUGCUGACGCGAAGACCAACCUGGAGAAAGCCACGACGUGCUACACCACGGCUGCCGAGACGCACCAUUCGGCCCAAGCCUCUGGAACCUAG